AUGGCACCGAAUUCUCGCCUUGGGCUGCGACAUGCCCCAGCCGAGCCAGUUAUCGGAUUCGACCCACAAGAAGAGGAGAGAAUACGCUUAGAGCAGGAAAUCGGGGGGCUAUCGAUAGACUUGGAGCACUCGAGUUCGUCGCUCUCGCUCGAGUAUGGUCGACAUGGGGCUCCCAGCCCACGCUUUGAGGGUGUAGCGAGCUUUGCACGAUAUGAUAGUGAUCUUGAGCGGUCACGAGAUGCUUCUAUUCGACGCAGCACUAGAUAUCAGUCCUUCCGCGCUGACGACUCCUACGACGGCGGACAGACUCAGUCCACAGCUGCUCAUCAUGCAUCUGCCGUAACUGUCGGCGCUGGGCUGGGAUACGGAAAUGGUACUCGUCCCUUGUCUCGUGCUGGCUCUGGAGCAGAGUACGAUCCUGAUCGUGAACUCACAAGCAUGCUGAAACGCAGAGGCCGCAUCAGCCUAUUAGACGACACCGACACCACCGUUCGUGAUCCUAGUGCUACCAAGAAAAAGAGCCUUCAGAUCUCAAGUGAUCCGCUUAUCGUUGACGACACAGCGGAACUCGAUCGCCUCCUAGAAACCGGCCAUAUCCCCGAACAUUCGCUCCGUACCCGUCACCGCAUCACACGCACCAACUCGGCCGAGGACGAAUCUCGCCGCACUGACCCCGAAUACGAUUCUUCCUUCCAUCGUAGCGAAGGAGACGACUCAUUCAGCCGCCGCAAACCUCGUCUCAGCGAUGCGCUCGGAGGGACUUUCAGCCCCAAGCGCCCCCGUACUACCACUGUCGCCUCCCCAGCUGGUGUGCAACACAAGCCCAUCCCUUCCAUUACUAGCACAUCGGAUACGAGCGUCCGGCCAAGUGCGUCACUGCUCGCUUCGCGACCUUCCAACAUUCCCGCUGGCGGUACGACACGCACAGACAGCUCCCUUUCAUCGUCUGGUGCAAUCCAGAAAGCCCGCCUCGAGGCUAAUACAGCUGCCAAUGCUCGUCGGGGAGUAGCUCAGCAGCCUGCUCCUGCUCCCAGUCGCCGAGUUGGGCGUCAAAACUCAUUCGACAAACGUCCGGAUUCAGUUCCCAUUGAAAGUCGUGCGCAGCCUUCCGCUUUCCCCAGGCCUUCUGCGUUGGAGGCAAAGAACCGAAAUGUGUUUGGGCCUGGGCUUAGUAUCCACCUCCCUGAUAUUACCGGCUUGACUGUCGCCGUCGCCUCGCCCAAGAAGGCCAAUCUAGAAUACAAGGAUGCUCAAGUUGGAAGCCCCAAGCUUGGUUUCGACGCCGACAGGUCUGCGGCAGACGCCCAACUCGAGCACCUCUCCAACUUUUUGCGGGAACUUGAGCGCGAUAACGGUACCGCCCGUCGCAGAGUCAGGGAGCUCGAAAUCGAACUCGAGUAUUGCAAGGCCGAGGUUGAGCGCGAGCGCACACGUGCGAGUCUCCAGCAGGAUGACCGGGCUCGUGCAGACGAACGUCGAGCUGCCAACGAGCGAGCCGAGCGUGAGAGGCUGAUCAGGGAAGCCGAGGAAUCCACAAAGAGCUGGGAGAGCAGGUAUCACGAAGUGGUUGAAGAAAAGAAAGCCCUUGAGGCCUUGGUGGCUACUCUGCGCUCCCACUUGGCUCGAAUGACAUCCGAGGUAGAAGACCACCAACGUACUGUUGACGAGCUUCGUUCUAUGCACGAGCGCGACGUGGCCGACUUGGAGGCCAAGACGGCCGAAGUAGCAGCCAUCACGGCUGAAGUCGAACGCUUGGCCGAGGAGUGUGAACGUCUCCGGGGCGUUGUUGAAGAAGGCUUGCGCGAGAGGCGACAGGUUCGUGAGAGCGGAAGUGUCCAGGCCAGCGGUAGCCAGAAAGACUUUGAAGGCAGUGGAAGCAUUAUCAUGGGUCGAGGAGUUGAACUCAGUGCUGUGCAGGAAGAGGAAGAGGAGACGGAAGACGAAAUGGAUGCAGAAGAGCUCGAAGGCCGAAGGAGCCUGCUCAGCGUCGGCGAGCUUGGUGGGGAUGAUCGGUCUGGCCGCGCCAGGACCGACCGCGCGACCUUGGGCAGUGUCUCUCGGACGCUGCGAUUCAUGGAUCCCCAGCCAGCUUUGACCAGCCAAUCCGAUAUUACUCCCGAAUUGGAACGUUCUCGGUCCAUGUCUUCCUCACGUUCCACACCACUUGAUGUUCAGCCCAUUCCCUCUCGAUCUAGCACUCCUAUCUUGGGCCGCACACGAUCUGCAGGCGCUACAGCAGGUACAAAAUCUCCUGCUCGCCACCAGUCUCCCUUGGUCUGGAGGGCCUCCGAAGACGAAGCUCCGCGACCCCGCCCCAACUCGCGACUACCCCUUCCUCCCCGCUCCGAAAGUCCAACUCCUCUACAGCGCUCGCAAGUGCGUGAGCCCGAAACUCAACCUCUACGAGCAAGCCAACGCAGGUCUCCGCCACCCACGCCACCCUUUCCCCGCAUCCGUGGUGCUCAACUCGAGCGCUUAUUCUUCUCUGCUCCCGAGCACAAUGAACAAACGUGCACCAGGUGCUGUCAACGACGAAAAGCCCGAAACGUCCGCGAUGAUAGGCAUGAGCCUGAACGUGCACGCGAGCGAGAGCGUGCCCAUUGGAGACUUGGUGGAAGGGUUGGCGCGCGGGAGGACGAGGACGAGGGUUAUGCGCGGAGCGAGGGAGAGGAAGAUCUGCCUGCUGAGAUUGACCCUGCUCGCCCCCCACCUCAGACUGUGUUGGUCAAGGUUGUGAGAGAGCUGGAAGAUGACUUUGCUCAUUACAAGGCGAUUUACGUUGAACUUGCGGAUCAGUACCGAAUUAUCGGACCCGCGAGCAAUGUCGCAAAACGAAAUGUCUUGGCUGAACAUUUGAAGGAAGUUAUCGACACGCUUGAGAAACGAGGCGAUCAAAUUGCAUCACUCUACGACCUACUAAGCGUAAACGACAAACCAGUCCCUAGAUAA